AAAGAAACACAAACCCUGCUCUACAGGGAAGAAAUGGGGCUUGGCCAGGAGGAGGAGACGCCACCGGCAUCGCCGUCUAUCGGCGGAGACCAAGAGGAAGAGAUAUGGAACCACAAGAAGCAAACCGUCAUACUUGAACUGUCGGAGAAGCUCAUAAAUGGAGAUCUCCAGGCCAAGAUUGAAGCAGCCAGGGACAUAAGGAAAGUCGUCAGGAAAUCCUCCGUCAAGACUCGCUCUAAGUUCGCUGCUGCCGGAGUAAUCCAGCCACUCGUUUUCAUGCUUCUCUCUCCUAAUCAUGAUGCCCGGGAAGCCUCCCUCCUCGCUCUCCUCAAUCUUGCCGUUAGAAACGAAAGAAACAAGGUCAACAUAGUGACAGCAGGUGCUGUCCCUCCUCUUGUGGAGCUACUCAAAUUGCAGAACAGUAGUUUGCGAGAAUUAGCCACAGCAGCAAUAUUAACCCUUUCUGCUGCUGCACCUAACAAGCCAAUGAUUGUAGCUUCUGGAGCUGCACCUCAUUUAGUUCAAAUUCUUAGCUCUGGAAGUGUUCAAGGAAGAGUUGAUGCCGUCACUGCAUUGCAUAAUCUAUCCACUUGCAAGGAGAAUCCUGUUCCCAUUCUUGAUGCUAAAGCAGUUUUCCCACUAAUCAAACUUCUAAAAGAAUGCAAGAAAUAUUCCAAGUUUGCUGAAAAAGCAACAGCCCUACUUGAGAUCCUUUCUAAGUCAGAAGAAGGGCGGGUUGCCAUCACUAACUCAGAUGGUGGGAUUUUGACCUUGGUAGAGACCGUUGAAGAUGGAUCUCUUGUUAGCAUGCAGCAUGCGGUUGGAGCAUUACUUUCCAUGUGUCAGAGCUGCCGAGACAAGUACCGGGAACUCAUUCUUAAAGAGGGUGCAAUCCCUGGUCUUCUGCGACUGACUGUAGAGGGCACCACUAUAGCUCAAGAGAGAGCUAGGACACUGUUGGAUUUGCUCAGGGAAACUCCUCAGGAAAAGAAAUUGGCUUCCUCAGUUCUUGAAAAAAUUGUUUAUGACAUUGCUACACGGGUUGAUGGAGCAGAUAAAGCUGCUGAAACAGCCAAGAAGUUACUGGAAGACAUGGUUCAAAGAAGUAUGGAGCUAAGCAUGAACCGCAUCCAACAUCGGGCUGCAUCUUGUACACCUGCAAAGGUUCCUCAUGAAUAAUUCAUGCCUUCCGCCCCAAGAGGCAAGUAUACUGGUCAAAACUCUCUGCACCAGCUUUAGAUAACAGUAGGGAUUUGCCUUCUGGAGGUGAUAUUUGCUACCUCAUGGGUGUGUUGUACAUCUUGAUCCUAAUAUCAUGUAUAUAUAAAAAACCUCUCUACUUUAACACGUGUACAUUUUUUCUAAUCAGAAUUAUAGGAGGCCCUGAGGCAGGGUCCCUUUGAAGGUUCUUGACUGAAUACUUGUUCAAAGUUUUCUUCUUUAUCAAAUCAGUUCCUUCAAUCAUCAACUAAUAAGAAAAGUAGAUAUUUUCC